AUGGCCAUACCAGCUAGACUUUCUUGGGCUUUGAAGAAGAUUCUAGCCAGCAGAGAAACAAUACAAGAGGCUCACUCACAACAUGUCUAUGAUGCAGAUUGCUUCUCUAUAAAGAAGCUUUGUAGAGCUCUCAAAGGUGAUCAACCUACUAUGCAGUGGAGAAGGAUUAUUUGUAAUAAUAGAGCUAGCCCUAAAGCUCUUUUUAUUACUUGGUUAAUGUUGCAUAACAGGUUAGCUACAAAGAGCAGGCUGUAUGAGUGGAGAAUUCUCACUGACACCACCUGUGUUAUGUGCUCAGAUGCUAGUGAAACUGUCUCACACCUAUUUUUUGAAUGUCCAACUUCUAAGCAAAUCUGCACAUUAUGUCUUCAACAGAUAGGAAUCACUAAUCAUCACAGAGGUUUAGCUGAGGAAGUUAAAGUUGUUGCAGCUAAAGGUCAUAGCAAAAGACCCCAGAAUAGGCUGCUUUUGAUGUUUUUUGCUGAAGUUGUCUACCAUAUUUGGCAGCAAAGAAAUCUAGUUUUUUUGGAGGGAUUAGGUUAG